AUGGCUGACCCAGCAUGGCAAGAACUCAUCCGAAUCCGCCUCACAGAGCGCAAUGCCAACGAAGCUUCAUUUUCUGCUGUUAUCGAGCAAUACCGACGUCUUGCUCAACAAACUAAGAUUCUCAAAGAGCGCAACUCCUCAUUAUUAAGAGCAGUCACCUCGGUCAAAGGAAAUCCCAGCAGCUCAACGGUAUACGUAGCAGGAACAGGCGACGACAACAACCCCGUCCGAACAGCCUACAUCACCUCUCUCGAGUCCCAAAUAUCCUCCAUGCGCGAUGAAAUGGCCGGUGUAUACAAAACCCAAGGUCAGAAUACACAGCGGCUCCUAGCUAUGACAGAGACUCUUCGCGAGAAGGAGGAGUUAUCGAGAGUAGAUGCGGAAGCUCUAAGAAAAUCAAAAGACGAGCUUACGAUCCUCCGGAGAAAGGUCGACCAGCAUAAUGAGAUUAUGACCGAAAAGGAUCGGACUGUCCAGAUGAUUAUUCGCACUAUCAUACAGAUCCUUCACGACGAAAUUAGCACUCUCCAACUCGAGCUCGGCCAAAUCGAAGAGCGGAACGCGACCCUCACCAAAGACAACGCCAAACUCCUCCAGCGGUGGCUGGAUGCCAAACAGACAGAGGCGAACAAAAUGAACGAGGCAAAUGAUUUUUACGAGGAUAUGCGGUCGAAACAUCAGGCGGUGCUUACUUGGAGAGAUGGUUCUGCUGCAGGGGAAACCGGUACUAAUCCCAGUUCGGUGUCGGGAAACGGGGAGGCGAGGGACCCAGAUCUGUCUGCGGAGAUGAAGGAUGGGAUACCCUCGACGAUGCAGAAGCACGCGGAUCAGACACAGAAUGGUUGA